AUCGCGUGACCGAGUGCGAGAUUCUCGCGGGGGCAUCGUUUCAGCCGUCAGAGCGGCAGAGGGAGAAGGCUGUACGGCGGAACCUCUCAGUCCAGUCAAGCAUGUCGCUCUUGUUCCUGCUCCCCAAACACAGGAGGCUGCGAGGUCCCCAAUGACGCGACCGAGCCGCAGGUAGAAGCGCCUCGCGGAAGCAAAGGAACAUGUCUCGCGGGGGCUGGUGCCCGCUGCUGCUGGUUCUUCUUCUGGCUCGUGAAGUUCAAGCGCAAGUGGAAAACCGGGUCAUUUUCCUGCCGGGAACGUUCCAGAACGUCAGCGUCUCCCGGAACGAGACGGUGCAGGCCGUGGUGUCCCGGAUCACCUCGGACGUCGCUUACGUCACCCUGCAGUUCCACACGCAGCACCGCAACGCCACGCUCUCCUACGUCAGGAUGCCGGGCCAGGGAACCUCUCUGACAGCAGUGGACUCGGGGCUCCUGUCGGCUCUCCAGCCGAGCCAGGCGUCCCUCUCCUUGUUUCUGUCUUCUCCUGAUGAGGACGCAGUGGCGGGCACCGGGGUCAUCCUCCCAUACUCCAGCACCGAUCCAGUCCCUGGAGCUUGUAACACGGAGUUCCCCCUGGACAUUGACCCAAACGUCUAUAUCCUCUACAACCUCUAUGAGACCUCCAUCCGGUUUGCACCGGCAAACUUGGGAUACGAGAGAGGAGAACCUCCUGCGGCCUGCGACCAAUCCACAGAAGCCAACACGCGCUGGCGGCUGCGGUACGACGUCUACCAGUACUUCCUGCCUGAGAACGACCUAUCAGAGAGCAGCCUGUUCAGUGGCAUUCAGGACGUGGCGGACAUCCAGGGCAUGAUGAAGAACGGCAAACGGGUCAUGACGCUGCUAUCAUCAGAUAUGAGCAUGGUGGUGUUCAACUCCACCCCCGGUCAGGGCGUCAUCUACUCGGUUAUAGUCAGAGACCCGCUGAGGAACAGCUCGGCCUCCUACGUCCCCGUCCACACCUACGCCUGCAGCUUCACCUCGUCUCUGGGCGGCUGCCAAACACUCGGAAAGAUCUCUACAAAGGUUUUCUUCACCAUCGCUGGCCUGGCAGGCCUGUUUGUCUGCUUCUUUGGGCAUCGCUUCUUUAAAUGUGAGUUGUUUUGCAUGGGAUUCAGCUUUGGAACCUUUUUCUUCUUCGUGCUGAUCACAAGGACCACAGAACUGGACUACGACAUGUGUCUGGCCGUGUCAGCGGUGAUCGGCGUGGUGGGCGGGGUCCUCCUGGUGAUGAGCUGGUGGCGUUGGGGUUCAGUCAUGGCCUGCAUCGUCGUGAUUGGACUGAUGCUUGGCUUCCUCGUCGCCUCCACGGUCCUCUUCACUCCUCUCGGUGACCUCGAUGUGCUCAGACGCUCAGAUGCUGUUUUCUGGGUGACCUUCUGCUGCAUCAUGAUCAUUGUUCCGCUGUUCUUCGUGCGUUGGCCUAGAGAGGGAAACAUCGUCACGUGCGGCGCCGUCGGUGCUUACGCCGUGAUUCUGGCCGUGAACGCCUACAUCUACACCAGCCUGUCCUUCAUCACACUGAACAUCCUCAAACGCUUCCUCAACAACAACUUCAGUGCCGUGUUCACUGACGUGUCCUUCAAAGCCAUCGACUACUCCAUGAUCACGGUGUGGGUGGUGCUCGGCGUCGGCGGCAUCGUCCUGCAGCUGUACCGCGAGCGCACCCGCCCGUUCUUCCCGCCCAGCCCGUACCUCAUGUGGCUGCAGGAACGCGAGCGCCGCAAGACCAACGUCCUGGACCCGAGCUACCACUUCCCCUCGCUACCCAACCGCCUCCUGGCCAGAGCGCGGCAGCUCACCAGGAGGAUGGAGCCGGCCGGAGAGCACACGCCUCUGCUCCUGUAAAACCUCGGACGCCCCCGCGCCGCCUCUGAACCGGAGAGGGAAGAGAUCCCUGUGCUGCAUUUUUCACUGGAGAGAUCUUGGUGAUCUGGAGGAAUAUUGUCCUUCACAACUGGUGCUGGGAUGGUCCCAGUAGGAAUGCACCAUAAAUGACGCAGAGAGGGGUUACACCACUUUUUUAAAUCCUAAAAAAGUUUUUUUGUACAAAGACUGACAUUUUGUCCCUCAACACCACUUUUAUUUAACGCUUAAAUGACAUUUGACCAAAUCACUGAAACGGAAAAGAUGAAUAUUAUGUUAGAAUAUCUCAAAUGUAGCUGUAGAUGCUUUUUGGUGUCUGUAACUUUAGUGCAGGAAGUAAGUAACAAACGAUUAACAAUUAGCAAAGAGAGGCAUUUUAUCUGUGGACUGAUCGAUACAACAAUGUUGUUUCUCAAUGCAACAUAAUAUUUAAUUAACUUUUUGUAGCUCAGCUGGCGUCUAAAUGUCCAUUCAGAAUGUUGUAGUUUGGUUUUAAACUACAACCACAGGCCAACUUUUAAUGAAGAAUACUGUGUACCUUAAAGUUGAUUUUAAACUUUACGUUUAAGUGUAUGCGAUGGUUUCAUGUUUUAGACUUGACUCUAAAUGUGCCGUUUAGCCGUUUAGUCCUGCUGGAGUCACGCAGGUCAGUAAACAGAGCCUGCAGAUGAAAAAGUAUGAGUAAAUAAACCGUUUUUUUUUUUUACACGUUGGCCUUUUCACAGAACAAGAGAAAGAAAACACACUUUGUUCUCUGCGCUCAGUGUCCGAAUAGUUAGUUUUAACCUCUUCGGACUGGAACUGUGCGGUCAGUCUUGUUGUUAUUUGCACUCUGGUUCUUGAUGUACUGGCUGUAAUGGUGCUGAUUGAUUGUCUUUAAACUGCCGCCUGUGUGCCGUGACUUUUCUCAGGGUUUUCACGCUCAGCUUUCGGACCACAACACACCGAGACUUGGUCUUCAAGCCUGUACGUUUUAUAUUUAGUUUCUUUUGUUUUCUGUGGACUUUAUAAAAUAAAAAUCUAAAACAAUAUGGGGACAUGUU